UACUUACAUUGUUUUACUUCCUAAUAUGACAAAGUACCAAGGGCACCCAACAAUCUGAGGGCAACAGACUCUCAGUCAACAGAGAUGACACUGGAAUGGGUGAGACCCCAACCUGCUAUGGAAGAAAAGUGGAAGGUUGAGUACUCUGGGAAAAAGUCUUACAACAACAGCUUUUCACACGAAGGCAGCAAAGAUGUACAGGGAGCAACAAAAUAUACCCUUGAUAAUUUGGUACCGGGUACCAAAUAUGACCUUCGGGUUUAUGGAAUCUCAAAAUGUGGAAACAAAGGACUCCCUUCAUCUUUGGAAGUAGAAACAAAAAUAGGAGAGCCAUUGACUCCAGUUGUACCAUCACUGACCACCAGGAAGGUCGCUGAGUCGCAGGCUGAAAUUGAACUUUGGCCUGCAGAACAAAGGAACGGUCCAAUAAGUGCUUAUCAAGUCAUUGUUCUGAGAGUUGUUGAUGGUGUUGAGGAGCUUCCCACUGAUUAUAAAUCACAGCUGGAUGGUUCAAACAAAGACGGAUUGACCUUUUAUGUUGCUGCUGAGAUAGAGAACAGUCCAUUAUACGAGAAGCCUUGGAAGUUUACCGUUGGUGAUGGAAAUUCAUACGGACCUUUUGUAAACAAAGAACUUAAGAGAGGAGAUAACUACAUUGUUUACCAGAGAGCCAUAACAAAUGUCAAUGGUUACGUUUAUGGAGAUGUCAGCAAAGUCGCUAAGAUUUCUGUUGAAGCAGUUGUAGGAGAAAAUGAAAAAUCCGAGGGUUCUGGUCCAAACGCCGCAGCUGUUGCUGUACCUGUGGUGUUGUUGCUACUUCUUAUUCCAGCAGUUGUUGUUGCAGUGUUCUUUUACCGAAGGAGGAAGCAAUCACGACAGGAGAGUGAUAAGCGCGAGUUUUCAGUUACACUAAAUGACGUCCAGAAUAGUCCAGUUCCUGGCUCAACCGGAGCAGUUUAUGAAAACCUGAAUUUUCGCGCUGGCCAAGAACAACAACAAGAUGCUGUGGAUGCAUCCCCGCCCGAUGAUGAGGAACUUGUCUACAGUCAGCCUGAGGAUGGUAAACCCAAACCAAUUCCAGUGAAUGAGUUUCCAUCAUACUAUAAGCAAAAAUCAGAAAAUGGAGCGAUUGUGCUGCGAGAUGAAUUUAAGCAAUUUUCUGGAGGAAUGCAGGCGUCCUGGAAUGUUGGCAAGAGUAACAGAGCUAAGAACCGUUAUGGAAACAUAACUACUUAUGAUCAUUCUCGUGUUGUUUUGGAAAAAAUCGAAGGCGAUCCAACAUCUGACUACAUUAACGCUAGUUACAUCCCGACAUAUGACGAGAAAACAAUGUGUUACAUCGCCACACAAGGUCCAAAUAAUGUGACAGUGAAUGAUUUCUGGCGAAUGAUUUGGCAAGAAAAUUGUUCUACCAUAGUGAUGCUGACAAACCUGGUCGAACUGGGGAAGACCAAGUGUGAGCAAUAUUGGCCAGAGAGUAAUUCUAAGCUUGGAGCCAUCACAGUUACUCUACACAAGACUGCAGUGUUUGCCGAUUACAUUAUUCGGACAUUUAUACUUGUCAAGGACUCAGAGAAACGUGAGGUACAGCAGUAUCAUUACCUUACUUGGCCAGAUCGAGGUGUUCCUGCGCGUUCUUCAGCUUUGCUUGGAUUUAGAUAUAAGAUUCAUACUCGACACCAGGCCACUGGUGGACCACUUGUUGUGCAUUGCAGUGCUGGUGUUGGUCGAACUGGUACGUACAUUGCCAUUGAUGCCAUGUUGGAGGGUGCCGAGAAGAUUAAAACUGUGUUCAUUAGUAAUUAUGUGCAAGUGAUGCGUAGAUCCCGUCCUCAUAUGGUUCAAAAAGACGAUCAGUAUGUCUUUUUGCAUCAGGCUGUGGUGGAAGCGUUGACCUGUGGGAAUACAGAGAUUGCUCCUCAGGACUUACGAAUAUCGAUUAACAAACUAUCUAGAGCUGCUUCACCUUCUAAAAACACUGGUUUUGGCGCGGAGUUUAAGCGUCUGCAAUUUGUCACUGACUGUUUGUCUUCUGAAGAAGAAACAACAACAGCCUCUCAACCUUCGAACAUCGACAAGAACAGGUUUCCCAAUAUUCUUCCGUUGGAUACUGCUCGAGUCCGCUUGAUGUCCACUCAACCAGACCAAGAUUACAUCAAUGCUUCGUUUGUUGAUGACUACAAGGAACGUAACGCAUAUAUUCUGACUCAAGCUCCAUUAGACAACACUAUAGGAGAUUUCUGGCGGAUGACAUCACAGUAUAACAUUGGUACAGUUGUGAUGUUGAAUAACUUGAAGGAAGGAAAACAGAACUACCCACAAUAUUGGCCGGGUCUAGGAUCAGCCAGGCAUGGAGCCAUCACAGUACAACUUUUGUCGGAAAAUACCUCAAACAACAUCACCUCAAGACGAUUUAGUAUAACAAAUAAUGAGCCUCCCCAGAAGACAACAACUGUACAGCAUAUCAACUUUACAGGGUGGGUCAACGGAGACUCGUGCCCAGACUCCAAGGAAAUAAUCGACCUAUUGACCGCUGUGCAACAGUCUCAGCAACAAUCAGGAAAUGGCGCCAUAGUUUUCCAGUGCAGUGAUGGUAUUGGUCGCAGCGGCUGUGUAGCUUCCAUAAUGUCAGUGAUCGAACGAGUCAAGAUUGAACAAACUGUUGAUGUUUUCCAAACCAUUAAACUGAUUCGGGCUAAAAGGCCUGGUGCUGUGAACACUCUGGAUCGUUAUGUUUUCUGUUACAAGACAAUUUUAGCCUACCUGGAUUCUUUUAACGCCUACUCAAACUUUGCAGAUUGUUGAAGCGUCAACUUGAAAUAGUUGUUAGUAGUAAAUUGCUGCUCGAUACAAAUGAUAGUUACAAUUUACAUAGCGCUUCUUGUAAGCCCCUAAGUGCUUUAUAAUAUGAAAGAGAUAAAUAUUUAACCUACUUUCUACAAUAUAGCAUAUUUCAUAGAUCUCUACAGUUAAACUUAAAAAAAGAAAAACUCUAGAAAAUUGCAAAAAAUUGCGAAAGUUUUUAAGUUUACAAAAAGCUAUCCUAUGUAAAGGAGUUUUCAGGUUCUAUUUAACCCUUUAACUCCCAUGAGUGACCAAGACAGAAUUUCUCCUUACAAUAUCAGUACAAUAUCAGUACAAUAUCAGCACAAUAUUAGGCUGGCAAGUGAUGAGAAUAAAGAAAAAUACCAAACAGGGGAUUAUAAGUUGAUCCAAUACCAAAUUCUCCAAAGCAAUGUCACAAGAACUGUAUAGCAGACAGUAAGGAGAGUUAGUAAUGAGAUCUCGGGAGUUAAAGGGUUAGGGAGGGUCUCAAUGGGGUUAACUAUUAGCCGUAAGCGGUAUUUAAUGUUAACCAUAAAAAAUUUUUGCUGUCUGCAAUGUGUCAUUUUAUUUCAUUUUGUGUUAACCGUCGCCGUAAAAUGGCUAAACUUUUUAAGCGUUAGACGUAAAAGCCAUCACCCCAAUGAGGCCCUAUUCAAAUUCAUUCAAGGAUCGUAAAGCAGUAGUGGUCCUUAUUGUGCGGCGGCAUCGCUACGAUGGUUAAAUGGUCAGUAAAAGCAGUAGUUAGUUACUUAGUUCGUCAGUCUGAGUGAAUCGGUCAGUUGAGCGGUCUGUGAGUGUGUUUGUUGGUCGAACUGUCGGUCGGUCAGCAAGGUAGUCAGUUAGCAAGUCCGUCAUGGUGAGCCGGUCGGACUACUGAAUGGGUUAGUUACUUAGUUCAGUGGUCAGUCUGAAUGAAUCGGUUGGUUGAGCGGUCUGUUAGUCAUCAGUUAAUCGGAUGUACAAUCAACUUGUUUGUAAGUCAGUUAUCUUGCACAGCAGUUGAGGAUAAAUUUAUUAAGUUUGAAUUCCUUUCUUAUCAAAAAGUACUGAAACAUUUCUUGUAACCCAAAAUUGCAAAAUGAACAUCGAAGUAAGUCAGAACGUGCGAACUCAGCUCAAGAAUUGCUGGCAAAUAACCAAGCGUUCUGAAAAUUUUGAUCUCUUUUGUACGUUGUUAAAAAGAUAAUAUUUUUUUAUAAUAUUUUUCAAUUCAAUGCAGACGUAUAGCCACAUAGUCAAACUACUUGUAUACUUAACACACAAAUUAUAGAUUUUUUAAAAAAAAAAAACAACUGCAAAGAAAAGCUAGUUGUGUGUGUUGCUGGCUAUAUGUUACAUAUUUAGAUUAAACUGUGGACAAAAUUCAAGUCAAAUUUUACUCUAGGUUACAUUUUUUCUUAAGGAAAAAUUAUCUAUGAAACUAUUUGAGGAGAUAGAUAUUUAUAACACAGAUAGAGUCCACGAUAAGAUACGACAAAAGCUCGUUAUGUUUAACAGUAAUUGAUGAAUGGAAAAGCAUGUCUAAAAGUAUAUUUUAUAAAAAAGCUAUUACAUAAAGAGCUUAAUAUCUACAGUAUUACUUUAGGGCCAACCGAAGCUAAUGAAUGGAUAUUGGAAGGUAAAUCUGUAUGCCCUGAAUUAGCAGGAUCGUAGAGGAAUUAUAUAAAUUAGUGCUUAUUUAAUGUCAUUUUUUUAAUUAAAGAGAUUUGGUUCCGAACCCGUGACUUGAUCCGUCAUAUUUAGGUUUUUUCUAGGUCUCCUCUCCUUGUUGAGGGUAACGGGUUUUAAAGUAAUAUCUUCAUCUUUUUUCAUACCUUUGAAUAGCCUAACAUCCGACCUUUGUUCCUUAAUCUAUUCUUUUAUUAACAAUCUAAUCUUGACUUUGUUUCUCGGAGCAUAAUAAAGCUGAAACCCUGA